AUGCAGUUGAACUACAUCUUCGCCCUCCUUGGGCUUAUUGGUGCUACUAUUGCUGCUCCCGUGCCUGGCACUGAGACUGGUAUCGGCUCUGGCCUUGGCGGCGGUGGCGGUGGAGGUGGUGGUGCAGGAGGGGGUGUUAGCGGCGGAGCCGGUUUCGGUGCUGGCCUCGGUGUGGGUAUUGGCGGAGGAUUUGGAGGAGGCGCUGGCGGUGGUGCAGGUGGUGGUGCAGGUGGUGGUGCAGGUGGUGGUGCAGGUGGUGGUGCAGGUGGUGGUGCAGGUGGUGGUGCUGGCCUCGGUGCUGGAGCUGGCGAGGGCGGUGGUAUCGGCGGCGGUGCUGGAGAAGGCGCAGGAGGUGGUGCUGGAGGCGGCGGUGGCUUUGGAGGUGGUGAAGGAGGUCGUGACAGCGACUGGUGA